AUGCCCGAAAGCAUGAAGACUGAAGCUCUAAUGAAUCUCCGCUCUGACUUUGCCAAUGAUAAAGCUUCCCCACUUCUAGUGGGUGGCAAGCCACGUUCCGAAUCAGGGAUGUGCUCGCCCAUUACUAGGAACAGUGAUAGAGACCUGAAGCAUAAUUUUAUACGUGAUGAGUUGACAGGUUCUAAAAUGGAUGGAUUCGUCAAGAUGAAGGCACCACCAUCGCGAGAGCUCGACACAUCUGCCUUGGCAACAAGGAAAGGCAAGGCCAAGACCACGAAUAAUUGUGAGCAGCUCGAUAGAGGUGAAGGCGGUAAUAAUAGUGAUAGUGCGAAUGGAACACAAGAUUUGGUGAGUCUUCAAGUUUUCUUGGAGAGGUACCUUAAUUCUAGCUACCUUGUUGAGUACACCGAUGCUCCCCUAGCAAAGGCGUUACUCAGCCGAAUGGACAGUUACCUCUGCGUCCCUGUGUUGUCGCUGCUGCAGCUUUCCGAGUUCGCCACAUUUCUUGAACAUGUAAGCCCCUCAAACCGCCUGGAAAAGCUUUUGAGUGCCAUCCGUUCCUCUUCGUUGCUGACCCUACGAGAUGACUUAGUGGCACCACCUGCUACAGAGGUCGGGGCUGCGAGCUUCUCUAUGCGUGUGGGGCCUACAACACAUGCCAGCCCAACUUCACUCUGUACCCUCCUUUUUCAGUGCGAUCCGAACGACACAGAGGCUGUGGCGGUACUACGGGGUCUGAGUCGAGAGCAGGUUAAGGCUGCACUUCCAGGGUUAUCUGUGCUUAUAGUAGAACCAUACAAGCCCUGUGUUCAGGAAACUCAUCACAGGGCGGGACAGCCUCUGGUUGCCUAUGCUACGUUAGCCAACUGCGCAGAUGCCCUCCGUGCACUUGUGGUAUUACAAGAUACGCCCCUUCACGCGGGUUUGGCUGUGAGGCUACGGUUUGAGAAGCCAUCUAAACAGGACAAGGAGAUGUCCACUAGCGCUCAGAGCCAAAUAGGAGUUCCAAAGCCACCACUCCCUGUUGCUGAGCUCGAGAUGCCUGAUUUACAGUAUCCUCCUUUUGUGAACAGACGCGUUAAUUUGCGGCUCGGAAUCCAGGGUAUUGAUGGAAGUCGUCAGAUCGAUCCCAAAAGGCCGACAGCUGUGAAUGGUAGGCAUCUUUUUCCUCUAACCCCACCUUCCUCCGUUGACGCUGACUUAGAGGAUUUUAUAGACCCCAAGUGCAAACAAAACUUGUUCCAGAGAUGCAAUCAGGGCCAUGCAGGCGGCUUUGGCGCCAAUGGCAACGUCGCUAGGGGUGGCCCCCUUGUCACUAAGGAUAACUCUGCAGGUGACGGUGGUGAUUUGUCUAGCAGCAUUUCUCACCAUACCCAAAAUACCACUUCUCUCGGAACCACUGAGAUUUUAGCUAGUGGUGAGCUCGUGGACCCUAGCACUGAAUUUGGUGGGCCCAAUGUGUAUCCAAACAAAGGAGGCAUUUCGGAGUCAUCCCACAAAUGCACUAAUCUUAACCGGUGUGGAAGCGUUGGUGGCUUGUCUAAUCAUCGAGCCCACAGCGGUCUGGACCCUCUGGCUGCGCCCUGGAUGGGUUGGACCAAGACACAUCCCGUCCAUCUGACAGGGGCCCCCGUUGCCUCUAAUUCUACACCACCUGGCGCCAUCAAGUUCUGCCGCUGCGACCCCUACACUGGCAAUGUCAUUAUAUCCACUGGAUAUCCUAGAAUUAGGGAGCCUAGAACACCUCAUGGCGUUGUGAAUUGCACAAGGGAUAUGGCACUUCCAUCGUUGAUCAGGGGCGGCGCAUGCAAGAGUCAUUUCAAAGAUCCUCUCAAGAUAGUUUCUCUAAAUCGUCGUAUGAAGAAUGAAGUGGUCAGUCUGAAUCCAUUCUCUGGUGAUACAUCAUCAUCCUCGGUGUUCAAUAGUCAGUAUAUUGUGAAUACGUCGACAAAUAAUACUGAUGACAAUAUUUCUAAUUUCAAUAGUAGGGAUGGGUCUUGA